AUGGCAACGUCACCGAGUACCACAACUGGAAAGGAUAUCAAAAAGAAAUCUGAACGUCGAUCGGGCCCUAGGUUUGAUCCUGCUGAACAGCGGUGGAAACAUGUCUCCUGUGAGAAGAAUAGACGAUCAUCGAUAAGAGGAUCCUAUGACAAAUUGGUAGAUUUGGUUCCUGGCUUAUCAGAAAAGGAACGUCGAUCUGAAUGGAAAAUAUACGUGAAAAGCCGACAUUACCUGCUGUGGCUAUAUGCUAGGAAUAAACAUCUACGACAGAAGUUAAACGAGUUAAACAGAGAGUAUCCCGCACAUUUAUUUCUGGAGAGACAUGACAGCGGCUGUGAGCGUAAUAGCUAA